AUGAAGACAGGCUCCAUCCGGUGGAACAUAGUAGGGCUGGACGUUGUCCAGAGGUGCCGUGGAAAAGUCAUGGUGGAGCAUGGCUGGACGCAGGACAGUGAGAUCACUGCAGCUGUGAUCCCGGCAGAGGCAGGGAAAGAUGGGUAUUGUUCACGGCAGAAGCCACGAGAGCUUUUCCGAGAGGUAUCUGCUCUGGACCUUCCUCUGCAGCUGAUCAGGCGAGGAGCCUCUGGAGGGGCUGGCCACAGGCUGACGCCAAUGUACCAUUACUAUGGGAUAGCAGUGAAGGAAAGCUCCCAGUAUUAUGAUGUAAUGUAUUCGAAGAAAGGAGCUGCCUGGGUGAGUGAGACAGGCAAGCGAGAAGUGACCAAACAGACUGUGGCGUAUUCUCCCCGGUCCAAGCUUGGGACGUUGCUGCCAGACUUUCCAAAUGUCAAAGACCUGAACCUGCCAGCCAGUCUUCCUGAGGAGAAGGUGUCUACCUUCAUUAUGAUGUACAGAACACACUGUCAGAGAAUACUGGACACUGUCAUAAGAGCCAACUUUGAUGAGGUUCAGAGUUUCCUUCUGCACUUUUGGCAAGGAAUGCCGCCCCACAUGCUGCCUGUGCUAGGCUCCUCCACGGUGGUGAACAUCGUGGGCGUGUGUGACUCCAUCCUCUACAAGGCCAUCUCCGGAGUUCUGAUGCCCACGGUGCUGCAGGCUUUGCCCGAUAGCUUAACUCAGGUGAUCCGAAAGUUCGCCAAGCAGCUGGACGAGUGGCUGAAAGUGGCUCUCCAUGACCUCCCAGAAAACCUGAGGAACAUCAAAUUCGAAUUGUCGAGAAGGUUUUCCCAAAUUCUGCGAAGGCAAACAUCGCUGAAUCACCUUUGCCAGGCAUCUCGGACGGUGAUCCACAGCGCGGACAUCACGUUCCAGAUGCUGGAGGACUGGAGGAACGUGGACCUGAGCAGCAUCACCAAGCAGACUCUCUACACCAUGGAGGACUCCCGGGAUGAGCACCGCAGACUCAUCAUUCAGUUGUACCAGGAGUUUGACCACCUGCUGGAGGAGCAGUCGCCUAUUGAGUCCUACAUAGAAUGGCUGGACACCAUGGUGGACCGAUGCGUUGUGAAGGUGGCUGCCAAGAGACAAGGGUCCCUGAAGAAAGUAGCGCAGCAGUUCCUGCUGAUGUGGUCUUGCUUUGGUACCAGGGUGAUCCGGGACAUGACCCUGCACAGUGCUCCCAGCUUCGGGUCUUUCCACCUAAUUCACUUGAUGUUUGACGACUACGUGCUCUAUUUGCUAGAGUCUCUGCACUGUCAGGAGCGGGCCAAUGAGCUCAUGCAAGCCAUGAAGGGAGAGGGGAGCACUGCAGAAGUCCAGGAAGAGAUUAUCUUGACGGAGGCUGCCCCACCCACUCCUUCACCAGUGCCGUCAUUUUCUCCAGAAAAAUCUGCCACAUCUGUGGAGGUGCCGCCUCCAUCCUCCCCUGCCAGCAACCCAUCCCCCGAGUACACUGGCCUUAGCACAACAGGAGCAAUGCAGUCAUACACGUGGUCACUAACAUAUACAGUGACGACAGCCGCUGGGUCCCCAGCUGAGAACUCGCAACAACUGCCCUGUAUGAGGAGCACGCACAUGCCUUCCUCCUCUGUGACACACAGGAUACCAGUCUACUCCCACAGAGAGGAGCACGGGUACACAGGAAGCUAUAACUACGGGAGCUAUGGCAACCAGCAUCCUCACCCAAUGCAGAGCCAGUAUCCAGCCCUGCCUCACGACACGGCCAUCUCUGGGCCUCUCCACUACUCCCCUUACCACAGGAGCUCUGCACAGUACCCUUUUAACAGCCCCACUUCUAGGAUGGAGCCUUGUUUGAUGAGCGGCACUCCCAGGCUGCAUCCUACCCCCGUCACUCCUCGCUGGCCAGAGGUGCCAACAGCCAACGCAUGCUACACGAGCCCAUCUGUGCAUUCCACGAGGUACGGGAACUCGAGUGACAUGUACCCACCCCUGACCACGCGCAGGAAUUCUGAGUACGAGCACAUGCAACACUUUCCUGGCUUUGCUUACAUCAACGGAGAGGCCUCCACUGGAUGGGCUAAGUGACUGCUUUCAUAGGAAUUCAUAUUUAAUAUUAAUAAUUAAUAAUAAUAAUAAACCCAAUACCCACCCUCCAGAAGACUUUAUCUCUAUACAUAAUAACUCGCGGGCUGUUCCUAAGCGUCCAUUUUCCUAAUGAGCAAGAGGAUGGUCAACCUGGGAUGAAUAGACUUUAGUUCAGAAACAGGACUUACUAAAAGUCCCUGGGCUUGGGUUCCUGUCUCCAAGCCAGACUUGAUUGUUUCUAGAGAGCACUAUCGUGGGCAGGCCGACCAGUGCCUUUCCCCUCUGUUCCAUGACCUUGCAUGGCAGCCACUCCCUAUAGGGUACUUAUUUUCUCGUUGACAAAGCUCUUAAGUAUUUAAAGAUGGAUACUGGAGCCAGAAUCCAGUUUGUAUUCUUGGGUGGGCACGUCGUUUACCGAGAGCAUUUGCCUUGCCUUGUCUGUCAUCUCACUGUACAGCCCCCAGCCCUUGGGCGCUAUCCACCUCCUGACUUGUGGUGGUGGUGGUGGCAUUGCUACUUCCUGGAGUCCUAGGGCUACAUGGAAGUUCCACUCACGCCUGCCAAGUCACCUGCAUUGUCUUGGGGUUGUAAGCACUGUUUGGAGGGACUGAGGAGGCCUGUUGUGUUGUGUUCCGCCUUUAGUUGAUUGAUGUCCAUAGGACCAGUUCUUCUAUGUACAAGGAUGUGUCCUAAGUUUGCACAAUGGCUGGCAUCAGAGAAAGGCAGGAGAGGGUUUUCUUGAGUUCUGUGAGAAGUGUGGGUUUAUGGCGGUCCGCAUCAUCCUCCACUCUGCUGCUUUGUGAGGCUGGAUGGAUCAGACUUUCACUUAGCCAGCGCCAAGUGUGACAACUGUCCUGGUUCCUUCGUAAGACUAGAAUAUUUUCCGACACUUUGCUAGAAAAAAACAAUUCAAAGCUGUGCCUUUGAGUCUAUACUAUACUGUGUAUGUGUGGAAAUAAAAAUGUAUUGUACUUUGGGGAAAUUUUUUCGUAGGUUUUUUUUUGUCAGAUUUGCAGAUAUUUGUGAGGUUUAUUAGAGAUUAACAUAGGUUUUCUUUCUGUAUUAUAAG